AUGUGGAUACCUUCCUUGCUUAUGAUCAGUAAUAGUGAUUCUAAAAGUUGCCAGCAACAACAGAAAUGUCAGACCCCAAUGAGAAUCAACGCUUACUGUUCAGAAAAAGGAAUAUGUUGUCAAGAAGAUUCAGAAGGCAGCGAAUCAUUAUGUUAUGACAAACGAUUGCCAUUGCUCGGGGAACCGAAGUGCAGUUCAGAUUCAGAUUGCAUGCAAGAUUCUGAUUGUUAUCCUGGUUACAUUUGCGUACGGACCAUUGACGAAGGAAUGUGCUUCAAGAAUCCAGAAGACUGUUCCAACUCCCCAUACUAUUACAUAGCUGUUAUGUCAUGCUACCUUUCAUUCGUCUUGAUGCUACUUUACUUUUUCACAAGAGCCUGUUACGAACAUCCUCUGAGAGUCAGCGCCAAGUCUCCAGUUCUCACACUUCAAUUGUACAGUGUCAUCAAAGAAGCUGAGCUUCAAGCAUAUGAUAUUUAUGGAGGGGAGGAGCUGAGUAAAAUGCAAAUCGAGCACAUUUCAAAGGAAGCUGCUCGUAAAGCAUGGAUCGAAAAUGAGUAA